GUCACAAUCUGUGUCAUUUGUGUUUGUAUAAAAAUUAACAGAUCAUUAUCUUAUCAUCCCUUCUCAUUGCUUGCACUCCUGGGUUUUAUAGUCUGUCAAAACUAUAAAAAUGUAGGACACAAAAUUGCAGAUGACCUUCUCGUUGCCUGCAUUUUCAAGUUUUUAAGUUUUUUAGUUUGCCACAGGAAAAAGAUGGGGAAUUCGGUAUCUUCUGCAUAUAUUUUCAAGAAACAUAAGAAGCCUUUGCCCAUUGAGACGAAGUUCUCUUUACCCUCUCCGAUCCCUUCAUGGUCUCCAGGUGACGGUUUCGCAAGUGGAACUAUUGAUCUAGGAGGUUUGCAAGUGUGUCAAGUCACAACUUUCAACAAAAUUUGGGCAAGCCAUGAAGGCGGGCCGGACAAUCUUGGUGCCACAAUCUAUGAGCCCUCUUCAAUACCAGAAGGAUUCACUAUGCUUGGUUGCUACGGCCAAGCUAACAACGAGCCCCUAUUCGGCUUUGUUUUAGCUGCUAAACAAACUGACCCCGAAAGCGAUAUACUCAAAUCUGCAACUGAUUAUACACUUGUUUGGAGCAGUGACUCGUCGAAAAUUAAGCAAGAUGGUGUGGCCUAUGUUUGGCUUCCAGACCCUCCUGAUGGAUACAGAACUAUGGGACAUGUGGUCACCACGACACCGGAUAAGCCUGCCCUUGACAAGAUCCGAUGUGUUCGAGCUGAUUUCACUGCUGAUGCGGAGACUGAGACGUGGAUUUGGGGACUAGGGAAGGACUUGAAUGUGAAUGGAUUUAAUGUUUUUGCAAUUAGGCCGAAAGACAGAGGAACUCAGGCUCUAGGGGUGAGUACAGGCACAUUUUUGGCUCAAAAUGGUGGGACUGAUGUUUCGUCAUUUUGCUUAAAAAAUGUCGAAGCGAAUUUAUCAGCUAUGCCGAAUUUAACUCAACUUCGGGAAGUUAUGGAGGCUUAUUCCCCUGUUGUGUAUUUUCAUCCUGAUGAAAACUAUUUUCCCUCGACUGUCAACUGGUAUUUCCAGAACGGGGCGUUAUUGUUUUCGAAAGGGAACGAAUCGAACCCGACACCUGUCGAAUUCAUGGGAUCGAAUCUCCCGCAAGGCGGAUCAAACGAUGGCGCAUUUUGGUUAGGCCUUCCGAAUGACAAGAAUGCGAGUGAGAGGAUCAAGAAAGGCGAUUUGCAGAGUGCUUCCGCUUAUUUACACAUAAAGCCAAUGUUGGGUGCCUCGUGCACUGACAUUGCGAUAUGGUUAUUUUACCCGUUCAACGGACCGGCUCGGGCAAAAAUCGAGAUCGUCAAUAUUUCGCUAGGCAAAAUUGGGGAGCAUGUCGGUGACUGGGAACAUGUGACACUACGAAUUAGUAAUUUUAACGGAGAAUUACGAAGUGUUUAUUUUUCGGAACAUAGUAAAGGGCAAUGGGUGAGUGCACCUCAGCUCGAAUUCGAAAAUGGCAACAAGCCCGUGACAUAUUCGUCGUUAAACGGACAUGCAUUUUAUCCGAAAGCAGGGCUUGUUUUACAGGGGAGUGGAGGGAUUGGAAUAAGGAAUGACAGUGCAAAGAGCAAGAAUGUGAUGGACACUGGCCGGAGAUUUUCCAUCGUUUCAGCAGAAUACUUGGCCGCGAGCGGCGUCGUGGAGCCGCCGUGGCUGAAUUAUAUGAGGAAAUGGGGGCCAAAAAUCAGCUAUGACAUUGCUGAGGAGCUGAAGAAAGUUGAGAAGUUGUUGCCUGGUUUUCUAAAGAAGGCGUUUGUAAAGUUGGUGAAAAAUCUUCCGAGUGAAGUGUUGGGGGAGGAUGGGCCUACUGGGCCCAAAGUCAAGUCUAACUGGACCGGGGAUGAAAGUGUAUAAUCAAAUUGUGUGGGGCAGUUUAUCUACAUAUCCAAAGUGUGUAUAAUAAAUGUAUUUAAUUAAAUAAUUUAUAAUGAAUUUAUUUAACUAUAUUUCUUAAA